UUUCGUGAGAUAUCGCGUGCAUCUAACAGACAGACAGACAGACAAAUACCAAUCAACAUACUUACCCAUUAAAAUCGAUAAGUAACAACUUCACAUAACCGCUGGUUGGUUUUGGCGUUUUCUAUUAUGUUCAUGUAAAUUAGUAACUAUUUCCAUAUUCGAAAUGGACUGGUAAUGCCCUUGCCUAAACAAAAUAUUCUAUGAGCUGUAUAUGCGGAGGCACUUUGAUUCUAGAGUACACAGAAUUGAGUGCCACUAUAUCUUGGUGUCUACUGCAAUAUGAUAGCUGAAUGCAGCGGUUUGCCUGUUUACUUGACAUGACUUUAAGCUGGUGUCUAUUUGAAUUUCAAUCAAAUUUGACUUAUUUUUCUAAAAAGCGUUUCUGUGUUUUACCUUUGCUAAUGAAGUUCCUGCAUCCAGGGGUUUGUGGGUCAGAACCCAUGUUUGAAAUGUGGAAAAAGCAUUCUUCUAUAAUAACAUAGUAAUUUUUUGUAGCUUGAAACGCUAUUUAGAACUCAGGUUCCCCUCUUUCUUACAAAUUUCCUGUCUACGUUCGUGCCCCGAAUUGGCUAUAAUCAGCAUCAAAAUACUGGGAUAGUGCAUAGGGUGGUAUUGAAAAUAUUUUCAAUUUAGUUUAAUCUUUGAACUUUCUAUGUUUAGUUUAAUAACAGUUUAGAUAGGGAACAUACAGGCAGUAUCAAGUCAAUUUUUAAUUUUGUGCAAGUUUUAAAUGUUUUUCAUCUUAUAAAUGUCAUGUUAUGUUGGCUAUUAUUUAAUUUAUUUGAAUGUUAAUAUUAAAAACGUGACCAUAUUUUAAAAUUAUAAGUUAUGUGUUGUUUCUUUAUGUUUCGUUUAAUUUAUUGUUUAACAGUUUAAGUAAAAUUUAAGCAAGUUUUAAUAGGUUUAAAGCAUUCCUUUAUUAUUCCUCCAGGAAGAUAGUAUGAACUGUAGUCAUACUCGGGUAUUUUUUUAGGUCCUUUUUGAUCCUAUUGUGGGAUUUUAAUUAUUAUUUUGCAUAAUACAAGAGGAUUCACUGCAAAAUAUCCAAAGUUUAGAAUAAUUUACAUAAAAUACGGAAUUUCCUUUGAACCGUACAAAAACAGAAAAUAAAAAAGAUUGCACUUUUUGCUCUAAACAAGGCCCUGCACUGGCAGCCACUAAUAUGCAAGUUGCUACUCUAUUGUGGAAAGAUCCAUUGCCUACCUAAUUUAUCAUACCAAGUGCUAUGCACUGUUUGGCUUUAUAGAGCCUGCUUUUUUAGUCAUAGGAAGACUGAAUUUGACCAAUUUGCCUGAACUUGCUCAGCUCUAAUAGUAUUUUUAUUAUUGACUCAAAUAUUAUUUAUCUCUGCAUUGCAUUAUUGCGGUGGUUCCCAACCUUUUAUGGCUUGUGGCCUAGCAUUCAUGGCUCCCGGUUUAUCAUUCCAGUGUUAUUUUGAUUGGUAAAUUCCAAAUCCCAUUAUGUUCGAACAAUUCAUGCUCAAUAAAGUACAACCAUUAUUGCACCGAGCACUGUAGACCUCACGAACUGGGCCCCUGGCUCGGAACAGCUGCAUUGUUGUUCAUCCAAUUUAUCACUCCCUGGGUGAUAUUUACUACAAUACACCAAGCGCUGUGCACGGUAUGACCCUGAAGUCCUGCCUGAACUUUCUCAGUUCUAAUAGUGUUUUUAUCAUAAACUAAAGUAUUAUUUAUCUUUGCGUUAAAAUUGAUAUCUUAGUUAAACAAAAUUACUUAGAAAACACUUCACGAAUACGAAAUGUCAUCUAGGUGUGCUGUUGGAGGCUGUUACAAUUCUGCCAGAGACGGAGUAAGCUUGCAUCGAUUUCCUCAUAGUAUUGUUAAAUGUCUUCAAUGGUUUAAUUUUGUUCAAAAAAGCAGGACAAAUUUUGAGUUGGAUUUGGUUUCUGGAGCUUAUAUUUGCAGCCAACAUUUCGAUGAAAAAUGCUUUGUUUCACCAGACGAAACCCAAAAUAAAGCAGCACAAAGAAAGUUAACCGAAGGUGCGAUACCAACUAUUAUGGGAACCAUUUCUGCGCAAGAAGGUGUUAAAAAUCGCAAGGUUAUCAAAGAUCAUAAACUUAUUGUAAACCGGCGCAGCAGUGCUAGGAUUGUGGGGGAUAAUAGAGUGAAAAGAACUAAGUUACCUAUCUUGAAACAUAGAAAAGUGAUAAGGGAUGAUAUAAUUAGCGAUACUUAUUCAUCAAGUGAGGAUACAGUGUCCAGCCACUGCGAUAAAAGAGACCAAACCCUUUCAUCAAGUGAGAAUUCCGUUUCUAACCAGGGCGAUGAAAGAAACCAAACUCAUUCAUCAAGCGAGGAUUCCUUUUCUAACCAUUGCGAUAAAAGAGACCAAACUUUUUCAGCAAGAGCAGACAUAGUUUGUGACCGUCACAUCAAGAAUGAAAUAAAUGACCAAGUCCAUCUUCCCAAAAUUAAAGAAAUCAAGGAAGAAAUUCCUGAAUCAAAAGAUGAAAAUGAUUCUGAGGAAACUGCCGAAAGUACCGGUGUUGCAAAGUUUUCCUGUCUACGCUGCAAUCAGGACUUCUCAUCCGUUGUAGAGUGGACUCAACACAUGACAACUCAUACUCAUGGCCAUACUGAUACAACAGAAUCUGAACCCGAAACGAAAAAGCCUAAAAAAAGGACAUUCAAACCGAAAUUUAAAUGUGCAGUAUGUGGUAAAGAAUUCCAAUACCCUUCCCGUUAUGAGCAACACAUAAUGAUACACACUGGUGAAAAACCGUAUUUUUGUAAAGAAUGCGGGAAGGCAUUUACACACCCAUCAUGUCUAACUAGACAUAUGGUUACUCAUACUGGUGAGAAGCCGUUUUCAUGUGAAAAAUGCAAACAACGCUUUUCUUUGCAGACUAGUCUGAGGAGACAUGUGCGAACUCACACAGGUGAAAAACCGUAUAAGUGUGUACCAUGUGGGAAAUCCUUCACACAGAUGUAUAGUCUUCAUAGACACAGGCUCGCACAUAAUGGUGAAAAGCCGUUUGGAUGCCAUUUAUGUAAAAAACGGUUUACCCAGCAAUGUGCUUUGACUUCUCAUUUGAGAAUGAAGCAUUAAGGAUCUUGAUGUAAAGAAUUCAUUAUGACACUUUGUUGCUGGAUAAUUUUGAACAAAUCUAAUUUUAUGUAAAAAAAAUUCGUUUACCACAUUAUGACCUUGUGUCAAGGUUAUCAGCCAAAAUUAUCCAACUCUGAAGAUAUAGUGCUAAAUAAUCAUUAGUGAAUUUACCUAUUUUUUGGUACUGUCUAUUUGUUUGGUAGGUUUUGAUAAGUGUAUUUGUAUAUAUACGUUAUAUGUAUGUUAUUUUAUAUUAAUUGAAUAUAAACGUAGUAGUAUUUCGAUUUUAUUUGGUUGGCAUUUACCCACAUAUUUUGUGUAUACACUUAUGUUGUAAAUAGGAUUUUAUACAGGCUGUCUAUGGGUUGCAUGCGGCCACUGAACUUUGGCUCUGCAUAUACUACUGCUACACUGGGCAGGAUUUGAGCUCAAGAAUGAACUGUGAUACUAAAUAUUUAUUGAAAUUACCAAAGACCGUCGGAUAACAUAAAACAGCCUUAUUUUCUGCAAGUGUAACAAAUUGGGCAGGCAAUGCUGAACCGGGAUGAUGCCAGGGGUUCCCAACCUUUUAACACUCAUAGCCCCCUAUUUAUAUUUCCAGUGAUAUUCACAGUGUUAUUUUGAUUGGUAAAUUCCAAAUCCCAUUAUGUUCAAAUAAUUCAUGCCCAACUAAGUGAAACAAAUCAUGCAAUGUACA